UGUUUAACAAGUAUUCCUCCAGUUGGCCUCCAGUAUUUCUAUAUUUCAGUGAUCAAAUGCCUUAUGCAAUGAUGCGAGGUUCUAAAAUUCUACCUACACAUUUUUUUUAGUACGGUCAAACAGAAAUUUUCUUUCUUUCUAUUAUUACUUCAUCAUUUUAUAAUUUUAAGUUUCAUCCAUAUUUCAUAACAAUGAUCGACCUAACUAAUAAGGAGCUAUAAACUACUGAUACACCUGGCAUGGUAGAAUAACCAACGUUGCCAUGGAAACCAUAGGAAAAUCAAACAAACUACCCCAUAAAUUAGUGCAAUCACAAUCCCAAUACAAAAAUGUUUAACAGAUACAAUUGUUUUAGUAUUCUUAUAUGCUAUUCAUGUUUAAUUAUGAGUUAUAUUAGUGGAUUAAAUACCAAUGACAUAAUUUUUGAAUUUUCGGAUCCUACUAUGUGUGAUUGUAGUAAUUAUUAUGAUUUAAAUACAUUUUCAUGUAUACAGUGUGAUGCCAAAAAAAAUCUAAUACCAAGUUAUGAUCGUUUAAUAUGCAUCUGUAAUAAGACUGCUAAAACUAUUGGUUACAAAAAGGGAAUACCAUUGUGUCAUCCAUGUGAUCAGGAUGAAGUUGUAACUAGCGAUGGCUUAGAUUGUAUUUCAUGUCAAAAUAUUAGAAGUAAUGAUACUUGUAAUUGUUCUCCAGGUGAAAUAAAAUUGGAACGCAAUGCAAGUGGAAUACUCUUACCUGCUUUUGAAUGUCUUCCAUGUCCUGAGAAUUUUUAUCCAUCAUCCGAUGGCCUGAAGUGUCUUCCUUGCAAUAGUAACACAUAUGCUAGUCAUAUGCGUUGUGCAUGUCCUAUUGUCUCCCAUGUAAGAAUAUUUGAAUACUGUAUUCCUAAAAAUGGUCUCACAUCCUGGCCAGAUGUACGGAGUACUUAUUUAGCAAAGUUUGACACUCAAAGUAUUGAUAGUUAUUAUUUGAGAACUGAAUUGCAACUGGCAGUAUACUUAUGUGAGGAUGGGAAUAAAACAGCCUGUGAACAUUUAUCGAAUAUGUGUGCAUUGACACUUUUUCAAGAUAGUAUGCCCUGUAAAAUGGUUCUACAGAGCCAUAAUUUUCCAGUUCAGCUAUUCUAUGGUGCUGGUGAAUCUGCUAAUGUUCUCAGUAGUAGAAAAAUCUCUCAAAGAUAUACACUUGUGAAGAACAAUGAUGCUUCGGAAUUGAAGUUCAUGGUUGCUGCAGUUUCCUUAAGAGGGAAAUUUCAGUCAAUUGAAACACCAAACAUAGUUUGCAACAUCUUUACAAAUACUAGAUUUGGAGUAAACGUUCACAAAAAAUGUAAAAUUACUGCUGAAGAGCUACUAAAUACUAAAAUGGAAGCAUAUAUCCCAUAUUUAAUGUAUAAUGAAAACGAGAAAAAAUUUCUUCACGCGUUGCCAGUAUUUAUAAAAAAUAUAAAUAAGAAUGAAAAUAAUAUAUCUCAAUGGCAACAUGUACGAAGAUUCUUCGUUUUCGAUAAUAUACUGGGCUAUAGGGCAAUACCCAGUUCAAUUAAUAAUAGUUUUCAAAAAGAGGCUGAUCUAGCAGUUUUUCGAUAUAUCAAAUCUUUUAACGUUUUAGUAAAAACACAAAGCAAAGAAGAGCGUGGAAAAAUUUAUCCACCAUUAAUAGUGAUCGAGUAUGAGGAACUCGAGAAAGAAGAAAUUCUUAAUAAUGUCGACAUCAUUAUGACUUAUAAAGUUACAUACUCUUUAGAAGAUAAUGACCUGGAUAGCGCAAUGGGGAUAUAUACAGGAGUUUUUUCGGGGUUUGCACUGGUUUUGUCAGCAUUGAAAACAUGGAGUUAUUGUAGACGAAAUGGUAACAAUGUUCCCAACGCUGGAAUAUUCAUAUGGUUUUCCAUAUUCUCUUGUGGCAUACUUGGAAAUGUGCUGUUAUUUGUAUCAUUCACUACUAGCAUUUACACGUUUAUCUUUUAUAAGGGACAAACAGUUUUGCACGUUCUUUUACCUGCUGAAGUCAAUGAGUUUAACAUUCAAGUAUUUACGGCGAUCGCCUUCUGUUUUAAAGUGAUAGAAAUGGCAGCACUCAUGUAUCAACUUCAAAAUGUAAGUGUAUUCUUUGUCGACUGGGAACAAUCCAAAACGGUUCAAGCGCAAAUCAAACACGAUUCCCCUCAUACUUCAUUGAAAAAACAAUACUCCAAGCGAUUUUCAUUGGAAACAAGCAACCCAUUAAUGAGCACACCAUCAGGAUUAAUCCCUUCCAGAAAAAAUAAAAUUUCAUUAAAAUCGAACGCUGAUGAUGUAGCAAGUGGACAUUCUUCGCAGUUUUCAAGUGAAAAAAGUAAUGAAGAUUUCACAGAAUAUUCAGAUAUGAAUAUAACAUUAGGAGGUCGAGAUAAUGAACAAUUAUCAACAAUCAGUAUAUGGAGAACAUAUUUUGUCGCCAACGAGUGGCUAAGAAUUCAAACACGACGAAAAAUUAGCAUGAUUGUACAGAGCGUAUUCACUUUAUUUUUAUUAGAAGUUGUAGGUCUCAAAUUUUUAGCUUCAGCAAAUCCCGAAUUAAUGUUAGAUGAACAAGAGAAUUUCUCAAAAGUGGAGCAUAGCUUCACUUUGCGUUAUGCAGUUGGUGCUAUGGUGUAUAUGACUGUCUAUUUUGUGCAGUGGAUGAUAUCUGUCACAUUUUAUCAACGCUAUAUUACAAAUUUUUUACAAGAAUUUAUCGAUCUAUGCUCGAUAGCAAAUAUCAGUACUUUUGUCCUCGCGCUUAAUUAUUAUGGAUUUUACAUUCAUGGAAGAUCUGUGCAUGGGUUUGCAGACACUGAUCUUGCCACUUUAUUAGACAAUUUAAAGAUGGAAGAGGAAAACCUAUGUGCACACAGAGGACUUGUUCCUGGCACAACAGAUCAGACGUUCGUUAUAUCAGUUUCAACUGCAUUCCGGGCCUUUUAUAAUAAAGUGUUACGUCCGCUCAAAUCUGAUGAAAACAGAUUCCUCAGAAGGAAUAUUUCUGAGCAAUCAAGUUUGGAAAAGAGUUUACAAAUUCAUCUUAAACUAAAAAAAUUCCUAAUUGGUUUUUUGGACCAUUGUUACAAAGAUUUGGACUAUGUUGUGAAAGAGAAACAGCUCAUGGAAAAAGUGGGAGAUAUUGAACUUACUGAUGUCACAGAACGUUCUGUGUUCUAUAUUGAUAAUAAAUACUCAUUUGAUCGCGUCCUGUUUCAUGGAAAUGAGUGCACAUUAGCUACAUUUGAAAUAACGUUAUUUAUAUUCAUUGAAGUCUUUUCGGAGAGUUACAUUCUUGCUAUGAUAUGUACCUUCAGUAUAUCACAACUGGUAUGCAUUUACUUUUUUAUAGGUUGUCGAAGCGCACCAAUUUCUCUUGAAGCAAGGUCGCUUUCUGGUUGGCGUACUUCCCGACACUGUGUUGUUACCAGAGCUUUAGACCUUACAUUAGAAUCUUUCCAGUCAAUUAGGAGCAAAGCUGGUGCAUUAAUUAUCGUACUUCCAGAGAAACUUGAUUCUUUAACAGAAGAAGAAAAACAGCAUAUUAUGUCAUUAGAAGAAUUCAUGAUCUUUGGACCAGAAACUUUGAUUCCUGUAUAUUUUGCAUCAUGGAAUGCAGAACUGCAGGUUAUUUUGGAUGAUAUAACAACAGAAUCAGUUAGUGAUGAAAAAACUGGAACAGCAGCAGAGGCUAUGUUCAACUCAAUUUCUGCAAGUGGUUACCAAGUAGUUGUUGCAUCUGGUCAACCAGCUGUUAGGUCUGAUAUAAAGGUUGCAACGUUACAAGGAAAGUUAACAGGAGCAGGAGCAGAAGAAAAGUUACCUACAAUUGCAUUGGUUGCAUACUAUGAUAGUUCAGGAGUAGCUCCAGAAUUAUCAUUUGGUGUGGAUAGUAAUGCUUCCGGAGUAUCGUUAUUGUUGGAAUUAGCUAGAUUAUUUUCUGCACUAUACUCAAUGGGAAAAUCAAGACCUGCACACAAUCUCGUUUUCAUUUUGACUGGCGCCGGUAAAUUGAAUUAUCAAGGUAGUAAAAAAUGGUUGGAAGAUCAACUUGAUGGACUGGAAGGAUCAAUAAUUCAAGAUGCAUCAUAUGUUAUCUGCCUGGAUACUAUUACAGCAAGCAAUAACCUAUAUGUACACGUAUCAAAACCACCAAAGGAAACUUCACCGGGCGGUUUGUUUUAUAAGGAACUUAAAUCUGUCGCAGAUUCUCUCGGUUCCAUUAAUGUUGAGGGUGUACAUAAGAAAAUAAAUCUUGCUGAAGAGACCCUUGCAUGGGAACACGAAAGAUACAGUAUUCGUAGGUUACCUGCUGCAACUUUAUCAUCUUUGAAGAGUCAUAAAGAUCCUAUCAGGACAACUAUUUUGGAUGUAGCCAGAGCUGGACAGGUGGAUAGGCUAUAUAAGCAUACGCAAGUCGUGGCUGAAGCACUUGCCAAACACAUCUAUAAUUUAAGUUCUAGCCAAAUUUUCGCAGAGCCCUUGUCGGUUUCCAAAGACUCGUUAUCCUUGUGGCUCAACUAUUUAGCAUCUCAACCAAGAGCAGCCCCUUUACUCGCUGACAAACAAAAUCCAUUAGUUUCUACCCUUAGAGAAGCUAUGUCCCGAUAUCUUGGUGACGUUAAAGUCACGUUACACAGCCCUGACAAGCGAGAUCCAGAGUUUGUUUUUUAUGAUGUUACAAAGGCCACGCUCAACGUAUAUAGUGUAAAACCUGCGGUAUUUGACCUUUUCCUUACAAUUGCUAUAGUACUUUACUUAGGUAUAGUAUAUUUGGCGGUCCAUAACUUCCCACACGUAUAUUCCUUGGCGACUAGUCUUUCAGUUAAGACUAAAACUUCAUAAGUACUAAAUAACUAAAAAAAAUCAUUACGUCAUGCAAUAAAGGCGAUCCACGUUCUUAAACAGAUAAUUUGUCAUAACAAAGUUCAAUAAUCGCAAGUUGCAACUAUGAAGAACUAUGUGGUUUUCUAUUAGGAAGAACUCUUUUGAACUGAUAUUGAAAGGAAGAAAUAUAGAUAUCGUAAAGAAAAAAUAAAGUACGUAAUUCUCGUAGGAUACUUCCUCUAGAAACCAAACGAUAUCUUAUACCGGGACAAAGGUAUUGCGUGUUAAGUAGGCCAAAAAAUGCUGCUACCAAUUAGAUUGUAUAAAGUAUUUAGUGGAUUUAAUGUAGCAUAUUUUGAUGUCCGAGUAAUAAUGUUAUGAACGGCCAUAUAUAAGAACUGUGUUUAAAGUAUUUUAUUACAAGGAAUUUUUCUAAUAUUCUCGAUACGAGAAAUAUUGCAAUGCGCUUGGGAGCAAAUUUUAUUAGUUUUCCUUCAAUGACUUUAUUCCCUUUGUAGGAAUAAGGGCCACGUGGGAGCAAUUCGAUAAAUUAUCUUGCAAUACAAAGACCAAGUAGUGAAAUAUGCAAGAAUAAUUUUACAUCUAAAAGCCCUCUGCGUUUUUGGUGUCAUAUACAAGGUUAUUUGAGAAUAAAACUUUUGAAUCGAAUAUGAACUUGCAGAGACUUCUGCGAAGCCAGUCAAAUGUCAGUGCUGUACACAAUUAAUUAGUCGUUACAUUUUUUGAGAAUAAUUAUGUAGUUGUGAUCAUUACAUCUAAACUUGUUAAUGAAAAAGUAGAGUAGUUAACGUCUGCAAUUUAUUAUUGCUCAAACAAUCUGUAUUUCUUGCCUUUUCAAACUCAAUUGAAUUUUAUAUAGCCAUAGAUUAGGACGAGUUUACGUAAGGCAAGUAUUAAGUCUAAUAUGUUUGGUUUUGUUUACCAAUUUAAGUUCUAUAGUUAUUACAGUUCGAUGUUCUACAAUUAUACGUGUAUAGACUCGAUGUAGCUGUAGAGCAUAAGCAGCUAAUGCUUCGAAAUUCAAAUAAAGCAUCUGUGAUCACAGCUGAUAAGAAAUUGAAGCGUUAAUCUCAUUAAGUCAUUUUUUGCUUUACGUUAAAAGUUAAUCGUUUCUUAACUGUAUUCAAAGCCCUAUCAUAUUAUAUGCCUUUCGCGUGAGAAAAUAUCACUCCACUAUUUAAACUCUUAUUCAGUUCGUUUCAUUAAAUCAUUAUGAAACAAAUACAUCCUAACAUUUUCAAUGGAAAAGCGCAUUUCAUUUAAGUAUGUACUAUGAAACAAAGUAAAUUAUGGUGCACCUGGAAAAUAAAAUUAAUUUAAUGGUA